AUGGUAGCUGAUGAGAGUGCCAAAAAGAGUGAUAGUCAUCCAGAUGAACUAGUCCCUGAUCAUGAACCAUCUUCACCAACCAGAGAAUUACCAGAAUUAACUUUCAGUAAUGUCAUAGCUGAUAUACUUUAUGGAUUCAAACAACUCAUAUUUAACCCAGAAUUCACCAAGAUAGUGAUCCCAAUUCUAUUGGUGGUUGAGUCCAUUGCAGUAAAGCUUAUCAAGGGGUUUAUAUCGUACACUGAAAUUGAUUAUACGGCGUACAUGGAACAAGUCACUAUAAUUAAUAGUGGUGAGUUAAACUAUGCAAACAUUUUUGGUGGUACAGGUCCAUUAGUAUAUCCAGCUGGUCAUGUUUGGAUUUAUAGAUUCUUAUCUUGGUUAACAUAUGGAACUAAAAACAUCGAAGUUGGUCAAACAUUUUUUGGCUGGUUAUAUGUCAUAACUUUAGCCCUUGUGUUUUUGGUUUACCUUAGAUUGAAUGUCCCACCAUGGACUGUUCAUUUGUUAACAUUAUCUAAAAGAUUACAUUCCAUUUACGUUUUGAGGUUAUUUAAUGAUUGCUUUACUACAUUUUUCAUGGUUGUCACAGUUUUGACUUUACAACAGGCUAGUGUUUGGAAAACAUCUAGACCAAGAUUGUCUAAAUUAUUGAGUAAUCAAAUUGCUGGUAUUUUAUUCGGGAUUGCAAUUUCUAUUAAAAUGAAUGCAUUAUUGUACUUACCUGGAUUUGGUAUUGCUGUUUACUUCUUAAACAACGAAGUCAUUUUAAGAGCUCUGGUUCCUUUGGUUGUUGUUGUGUUGACUCAAGCUGUUAUCAGCUGGCAAUUUUUGUUUAGUGGAGCUGAAAUCAGAGACAGUUAUUUGGCCAACGCUUUCGAUUUCAAAAGAAGAUUUCUUUACAAAUGGACCGUCAAUUGGAGGUUCUUAUCUGCUGAUAUUUUCAACUCUACAAAAUUCCAUCAUAUCUUAUUAUUUCUUCAUAUUGCAUUAUUGUUGACUUUCUUAUUUAGAAAAUGGGCUAAACCCUCCAUUACAGGUAAAAGUAACAUUCAGCUUUUGUUAGAUCUAUUCAAGGUUCAUAAACAAACAGUAUCACCAAAACAUGUGAUAAAUGACCCAUCAAAAGCACCAAUGUAUGUUAUGGGAGUAAUGGCAAGUUCAAAUUUGAUUGGUAUAAUUUGUUCAAGAAGUUUACACUAUCAAUUUUUAUCAUGGUAUGCUUGGACUUUCCCAUAUAUGUUAUAUUUGGGUAAUAUUAAUUGGAUUGUCUCAGUUAUUUUAUUCGUUGCACAUGAAUGGUGUUGGAAUGUUUUUCCAUCUACAGAACAUAGUUCUGCAGUGUUGUUGGCUAUAAAUGUUGCUGUCAUAGGUGGUUACUUUUUCAAUAAUCGUUUAGAAAUAAAAGUUGAAAAUAGCAAGAAAGUAAAAUGA